AUCUAUCAGUGAGUGUGUAGUUUACUACUGUCAGUUUUGGAUUAUAUUAGAUUUUGUGGCCAUUUGCAUUUAUGUUAUAAAAGAAAAUUAUAAGUUGGAUUUGUUCCGUACUUCACUAAGAGAGUAAGAUAAUGCUGCGACAUAAAUAAAGUUCUUUAAACUUUGAAAAACGGUACUGUGUGUGUGGUUUGUAACCAAUUCAAAGUGUUGAAUGCAUUUUAUCAGUCACGAAUUGAAAGAGAUUCCAAUCUGCAAGCGAAAUGGUAUAUUCAACAACCUCCAACGAAUCCUUAAUUCCGUAAAUGCUUUCUCCAUCCAUAAUCUCGCCUUGUAAUUGACGGAAAACAGAUCUCCCAUAAACCAAUUGAUUUCUAAAUCGGUUUUGUAACAAUGGAUAACGGAAAUUGUAAAAAUAUGGUUUCCAACCUACCCUUGCUAUUUGCUGGAGGUUAUCCUACCUCUUUAGAAAAAAUAACGGAACCACAAUUAGAAAAAUUUAUCCCAUUUAUGGUACAGUGCUCGUUAGGGUACAUACAGAUGCCAUCGAUUGAAGAAUACAGCGAACCAGAAUGGUGGCCCAGUGAUUUGGAGUUUGUGGUUCCAUUUCAUCAACCACCCAACUUUAAGGGGAAUUGGUUGGAAAAAAUGAGAGAGUUGGUUGUAAUUUGUUAUACUUUUCACAAAUGUGUCUUUCUGUUGCGGUUCUGCACAGAUUUAGCGUCAUACGAGCCAGCCACAUUACGUUUCAUCAACAAUUACAACUCAACCACUUCGUUAUACCAGCGCCGAACUAACAAACUUCUAGUAACCUUUCGAAAUGAAAACAUGUUGUAUGAUCAAGCACAACAGACGUCCAGUCGAAAGUGCCUUUUACCAAAACAAGCUAGUUCUCAUACACUAGAAAUGCAACAAGAACAAAUGGUGGAACCUGCUUUUUUUGAUAUUUAUCUCUGUGAUGAUUGUGAUGCUGAGCUAUACUCCUACGAUGCUUAUGUGGAGCACGAGAAAAUUUGUCUUAAUGCAAAAGAGUUCCACGAAGAAAGCGACGAUGAUGAUGUCAUUUUUUGCGGCAGCGAGAAACUACCAUCGCCGAUGCCAGCUAGCAAAAUGAGGCCAACUACGAGUGCACAGAGCAUGUCAUCUUUUUUAUCUAAUUUCAACUUGACAAGUACGGGUAAUCCAACACUUUCGAGCUUAUCAGGUUGUCGCAAUGUAAAUAAAACAAGUACCAAUAAUUUGGAUGGUUCUCCUGAAAAACUACGAAGUCUUCCGCGACGCACAAGAGGCGUGGUUACUUUGUCCAAAUGCACGUCUAUACCUCUAUCCUCUCCUUGCGGCCAAUUCCUAUUAAGGAGUAUCAAAACCGUUAUGUCAGAGGAAUAUCAAAUGGAACGUUUAGAUCGCUUGGAACGAUUCUGUGCAGCACCAGCUUUGUUGAAGGACGGAGCUGUUGUAACGAACAGACCUAAGUGGAUGGGGAGAAGCAGAGUUCACACCAAUGUUACCAUUUCUUUUAAACGUUCAUCAGAGGAAGCUUAUUAUUGUCAUAAUUAUAAAUUUCCACGUAGGCAAUUCUCAACACAGUGCAGAAAAAAAAACUUUCUUUUUUACAAUAAGUUACUUUUUAAAAAAUGUAAACCAUGUGCAGUAGAACUACAAAGACUGACAGCUCAACAAAUUGACGAUCAAAAUAAACAAUGUGAAUAA